GUUAAAUUUUAUAAACGUCAACGCCCCCAAACUUCGGCCUUAGUUAGAACACUGCGUGAUUUUUUUUUCUUUCAAAAUCAACAGUUUAGGGUUUUCGUUGUCCCAUUUCUGUUCUCAGCAGUUAUUGCGCGAAUUUAAGAUGACAAAAGGGGAAAGAACCCCACCACCACAGUCAAGAACCUCACCACCACAGUCCAGAACCUCACCGCCACAGUCCAGAACCUCACCGCCACGCUCAAGUCGCAGGUCACGCUCUUUAUCCAGGUCCAGGAGAAGUCGUUCUAGGAGCCGUGAUUCUGAGGAUGCUAUUAAUCCUGGCAACAAUCUUUAUGUCACCGGUCUUUCUACAAGGGUUACUGAAAGUGAACUUGAAAAGUAUUUCAAUCGUGAAGGAAAGGUUGUUGAAUGCCAUUUGGUCAGAGACCCUCAUAGUAAGGAGUCCCGUGGUUUUGGGUUUGUUACUAUGGAGACCACCAAAGAUGCGGAGCAUUGUGUUCAGAACCUGAACCGAUCUGUUAUGGAAGGCCGAUUGAUUACUGUUGAAAAGGCUAAAAGGAAACGAGGGAGAACUCCAACUCCUGGACAAUAUGAAGGUCUUAAAGAUAAAAGAGGAAGCAGUUGGAACAGGCGAAGAUCUCGUAGUUACUCACCACGGAGGAGACACGACAGAGAUUCUGAUCCCCGGGAACGGCAAGGGCGACGGUCCUCCACUUACGGUAGGAGGGCAGGUGAUGAUAGUAGCCACCGUAGGAGGCAUGGGGAGCGUUCCUAGUUCCUCUAGUGUCUUUGCGAAUUAAAACGAACAUGUUCUUCAUUUACAUUACGCCCACUAACCUUGAAGUGGAUUAUGAAUUUGGUAAUUGUAUGGAAACAUUUUAAAUACUUUCUUAA